AUGACUAACUACAAGACUGUAUACAGAGACGCUAUCAAGAGACAACUCGAGUUGAACAGGGAACACUUGGAGUCCCUUGACUACGAGGGUUCUCAGCUAUCUCCUAAUUUUCAAAUUGAUAACUACACUUACUCAAAGACCAAUGUGAUCACCACCAAUGAUCUGUUGGGUUCCAGCACUUCUUUGAAGACCUUGAACAACCCUGUACCUGUUGAGGAAGAAGAAGGUAUCACUGUCUUCUUCGACAUUGACAACACUCUGUACUCUAAGUACACAGGUGUGCAGAGGAUGAUGCAGGAGUCCAUCCAGAGAUACUGUGUGCAUGAGCUCGACUUGGAGCCUGAGUACGCACACGCCCUGAUGGAACAAUACUACCAGGAGUACGGGUUGUCCAUCAGAGGUAUCAUGCAGGACUUCCCAGACACUGACCCAUUGAUGUUCAACGCCAUGGUGGACGACUCUUUGCCAUUGCAAGACGCCAUCAAGGGACCCGACUUGAAGUUGAGGAGGAUUCUGCUCAACUUGAAACAGAACAAGAAUGUCACUAAGUUGUGGCUGUUCACUAACGCUUACAAGACACACGCUAUUAGAUGCAUCCGCAUCCUCGGAAUCGCAGACUUGUUCGACGGAAUCACCUACUGCUAUUACUCUGCUCCACCGGACUCCAUCAUCUGUAAGCCAGACCCAAGAUCUUUCGAGAUGGCUAAGCUACAGAGUGGAAUCUCAAGCUUCGAAAAAGCUUGGUUUAUAGACGACAGUUUCCCCAACAUCCAAACCGCUUUGAAUGUUGGGUUGAAUCACUGCAUCUUUAUUGAUUAUGAGGCUAAACAUAUCAACAAGUAUGAAGAUACUUCGGAAAACUUGAAUGCAAAAUCAACCGUGAUGGCCACGUACUCCAUCCCAAACAUCCACGAAUUGCAAUCAGUGGAACUAACUACAUUGUGA